AUGCCCAGAUCUGUGAAGCGCGUGCACGAGCUCAUCGACCUUACAGGCGAUGACGAUACUGAGACGCGUUCCAAGCGGCCCGCGCGGGCGGCGCCCGGCACUUCCAACUCGGGCGGCGUGCCUGCCUCUCAAGCUUCAUUCGCUGAGCCUGACUAUCUCGACCUGACUCAGGAGAGCGAGGGUCCUCCGUUUGAGCUCUAUGGAACCUUUGUGGGCAAGAUUGUUGGUGUUAGGUACUAUAAUGGAUAUGCUUCACCGGGUGAAACCGUCCUGUGCAGACGAGAACCCCAUAAUCAGUACGACCGAAACGCCAUCCGCGUAAACAACGUCUUUGGUGAUCAGAUCGGCCAUCUCCCGCGCAAGGUUGUCGAGAAAAUCACCCCAUAUGUGGAUGCUGGUGACAUCAUGCUCGAGGCCCAGCUCGCAGGCGAGAAGGGCUUCUACGAUUGUCCCAUCAAGCUGUUCUUCUAUGGCCCGAGCAACCCUGAUGAGCGUUCCGUGCUAGAGGAGAAGCUCAAGAAGGAUAGGCUUAUCAAGGCUACGGAGCUGAAGAAGAGCAAGAAGGAGGCCGAGGCUCGUAGAAGGGCAUUGGGCUUGGUGAGCGGAACCUCGAGCCAUGGACUUGGUUCAGAGCCCGUCAUUGCUCAGAAGCCCGAGAAGCCCGAAGUGUCCUGGGGCGCGCUUCUACAGAAAAGUGAAGCGAUUGAACUGCGUAAUGGUGCAGACGCCAUCAAGAAGCUGGCAAUUGGCGAGGACCAGCUCGAGAAGCUGCCCAAGGCCGACCAGCCCGCCCAGUUGAAGUCUCAACUAUUGCCGUACCAGCUCCAGGGUCUGGCCUGGAUGGCCUCCAAGGAGAAGCCCCAGUUCCCAGAGAAGGACUCAGAGGAUGUCGUUCAACUCUGGCGGCGUGACGCUAGAGGCCGCUGCUGGAACAUUGCAUCCGACUUUGUCACCUCUACAACUCCUCAGCUGCUCUCAGGCGGCAUUCUCGCCGACGAUAUGGGUCUCGGCAAGACUAUUCAGAUCAUCAGUCUGAUCCUCACGGGUGGUGGGGGUCCUACUCUCAUUGUUGCUCCUGUGAGCGUAAUGAGCAACUGGGCCCAGCAGAUCAAACGACACGUCAAGGAGGAGCAUCAACCUCAAGUUCUCGUCUACCACGGCGGCGAAAAGAAGUCGGUGGAGGACCUGGCCAAGUACGACGUCGUCAUCACCAGCUACGGUAGACUUGCCCGGGAGCGCGAUCAGGGCGUUUACAGAGCUCUCACGUCGGAACACUUCAAAUGGCGACGUGUAGUUCUCGACGAGGGCCACACCAUUCGCAACGCGAGAACCAAGGUAGCCCAGGCCGCGUGCGAAAUCAACGCCGACUCCCCAAACAAUCCUCAGAUAUCUCUACUAACACUGGGUGGCAUCAACUCGGUCAAGGACCUGCACUCGAUCCUCAAGUUCCUCCACAUCACCGGUGGCAUCGAACAAUCCGAAAUCUUCAACGCCAAGAUCACUCGCCAGCUGGGCUCGGGCAGCGGCAGUGGCGAAGCUCUUCUCCAGGCCCUCAUGCACGGCCUUUGUCUCCGUCGUAAGAAGGACAUGAAGUUUGUCGACCUCAAGCUGCCUGAGAAGAAGGAGUACAUUCACCGGAUUGCCUUUCGCAAGGAUGAGAAGCGUAAAUAUGAUGCUCUGCUGGAUGAAGCGAGAGGUGUUCUUGAAGCAUGGCAAGCUAGAUCUUCUUCAGGACAACAGGGCCGCUUCCAAAACGUCCUCGAGCGACUCCUCCGUCUUCGCCAGGUCUGUAACCACUGGACCCUCUGCAAGGAACGUGUCGCCGACAUCCUCAACCUCCUUGACGAGCACGAAGUCGUCCCCCUCAACGACAAAAACCGAGCCCUUCUCCAAGACGCCCUCCGUCUAUUCAUCGAGAGCCAAGAAGACUGCGCCAUCUGCUACGACACCCCGACCGACCCUCUCAUCACAGCAUGCAAACACGUCUUCUGCCGAGCCUGCAUCGUCCGCGCAAUCCAACUCCAGCACAAGUGCCCAAUGUGUCGAAACCAGCUCACCGAGGACUCUCUGCUCGAGCCAGCACCAGAGGACGCAGGCGACGACGCUAGCAGCUUCGACGCCGAGACGCAGAGCUCCAAGACGGAGGCCAUGCUGCAGAUUCUCAAGGCCACCGUCCGUAAGCCGGGAUCCAAGGUGGUCGUUUUCUCGCAGUGGACCUCGUUCCUCAAUAUCAUUGAGGUGCAGCUCAAGGCUGAGGGAAUCGGCUUCACCCGUAUUGACGGUAGCAUGAAAACAGACAAGCGUGACAGUGCCAUUGAAGCCCUCGACAAUGAUCCCGACACACGUGUCAUGCUCGCCAGUCUUGCUGUGUGCAGCGUUGGACUCAAUCUCGUCGCAGCCGACACCGUCAUUCUCUCAGACAGCUGGUGGGCGCCCGCCAUCGAAGACCAGGCCAUCGAUCGUGUUCAUCGUCUAGGCCAGACCCGCGAGACGACCGUCUUCCGACUCGUCAUGGAGGGUUCGGUCGAGGAGCGCGUGCUAAAUAUCCAGAAGGAGAAGCGGGAACUGGUGACAAAGGCCUUCCGCGAGAAAGACGCCCGGGGUAAAAAGGCCAAGGAAACUCGGGUGGCCGACGUACUUAAGCUUCUGGGAUAG